AUGAGUCGCAUUGUGACGGGGGUGUUGGAUGAUUUGCAAGAGGAGUGUCAUUCGUCUAUGCUACAUGACAACGUGAACAUUUCACGUCUUAUAGUUCAUGCCAAACAUCUGGAAGAGGCAAUAUCUAAGCGGAAGAGUAGAGAUGCCAAGAGGGCAAAAUCUUUUGAUAGAGGUUCUUCAAAGAAUAGGAUUGAGAUACAAGACAAGGCUAGAUUUAGGAAGCGGGUUUAUAAUCAAGUUUCUUCCAAGUUCCCUAAGGCUAGUGGUGAUAGGGUGGAUAACCUUAAGCUUAAGAAGGAAAAAUGCACUAGUUCGCCAACCGAGAAGCCAAUUUGUGGAAAGUGUGGGAAGAAGCACUAUUGUGAUUGUCUUAAGGGGACGGACAAUUGUUUUAGUUGUGGUAAAAGUUGGCACAAGGUUAGGGAUUAUCCUAAUGUGAGGGGUCAAGACAUGGGUAGCGGUCAAGCUCAAGCAAGGCAAGGGUAG